AGGCUGACAGUCAGAACGAACAGCCGGUGUUUUUGUCCUGGAGCUCUUUCUUUUUGGAAACACCUCACUCUGUGGACGUGCACCUCUGUUUGACUGGUGCCAGUUCGCCAUCAUGUUGCUCCGGACUGCAGCCCUGCUGCUCCUCUGCACAUCUUUAGGCAUAUGUGCCACUUUAGGCUACUACCAGACUGACGCUAAGGAGGAGGGGGAGGCUGCCGCUGUGAGGUCAGCUGCUGCGAGUCAGGCCGAUGGUGCAGCUAAACACUUCACAUCAGCUAAAACACUUCCAGUGGAUAACCAGAGAGCUGACCGAGCCGAAGAGGAGGUCCACGUUGCUGGAGACCACCCCGCUCUGGAAGUUCUUACUAAAGAAGCCAUCACCCAGGAACAGCCUCCUCCUGCAGACGAAGACAACGAGAUCAAACCAGUCCAGACCAACAAGUCCCCAAAGAAACCUGUUGCUCAAGAAGAGGAGAGCAGCUGGAGCCUAAACUCAAUCAGAAACAGUUUUCAGACUGUGCACGGAUACUUCGACUCCCUUGUGGAGCUGGUUGGAGGACGCAACGGUGUGUGUCAGUACCGCUGCAGAUAUGGUGAGAAUAAUGGAGAUCCUCCACGUCCUCGGCCCGGCUACCAGCUGCCAGAGCCCAACGGCUGCAGCUCCUCUCUGGUGGGAUUCCAGCUCGACAUGGGAAUCCCGGCUAUGACCAAGUGCUGCAACCAGCUCGACGUUUGCUACGACACCUGCGGCCUGAGCAAGUACGACUGCGAUGACGAGUUCCGCUCCUGUCUGCACGACAUCUGCUCUGACCUCAAGAAGAGCUUGGGGUUUGUCUCCAAAGUACAAGCUUGUGAAUCGAUGGCAGAUGCCCUCUACAACACGGUGUGGACUCUCGGCUGCAGGCCUUACAUGAACAGCCAGAGGGCAGCGUGUCUCUGCGAGGGAGAGGAGAGGGACGAACUGUGACACCCAACAAGGGGAAGGUCGACCCCUCUACUUUCAAAGAUAAAUAACAGUCAUGGAUAUUUAUAAAUUACACCCUGCUUUGAUAAGCUUCUUGUGAGACAGAAGAGAAAGGUCCACAGACCAGGAAUAAAAAAAAUUCCGAAUAGAAAAUUCAAGGGAACUAUUUUACUGAUAAUAAAUGCUUGAACACUAUGGGGUGCUGUUUGUAAAGUUACAC